AUGGGUUCAGAGGAGGGUCACCGUCCAGGUGCAUUUAAGCAGGUCAACAAGAAACAUAAAACUGGUAGGCAUCGAACAAAAGGCAUUAUCGAUGGAGAAGCUAGAGGACGUCAAAAUGUGAAAGCAUUGAGUAAGUGUGCACGUGUUUUGCAUGGUAAAUUGGUGAGACGUCAGCAAGCGAAUCAACUAAGACUCAAUAAACGGAACGCAAUUUUGGCUGAAAAACGUGGAUUAGGAGGAGAUAGUCAACCGCCUGUUCUAACUACAGUGUUGUCAUUAUCGCCGACGUAUCCAGCUGAAGAAUUGAUCGGUUUGUUGUGUGGUUGCGAUGAUACAUCUGUUCGCUUUUCAGUGGCUAAUCCACAUCUAAAUUCCAUUUCAGUGUCGCGUUUCAAGAGUCGUUUUAUGUUUUUAUCGGCAAAUGGCAAGAAUGUAAACGAAAUAUUGGAUAUGAUUAAAGUAUCAGAUCUGAUUGCAUUCAUAUGGCCUUUGAAUGGUGAAAUAACAAGUGAAGAAGAUUUAUUAAUAAGUUGCUUAUUGAGUCAUGGUUUACCAACUUCUCUACAUUUCGUACCUGCUCUCAAUAAUUUAACAACACCCAAAAGUAAAGAUUCGGCUAGAAAAUGUGUUGAAAAACUCAUCACUAAAUGGAGCUUUGGAGAAGCAAAGUUAUUGGGAUGUGAUAAUGAUAGUGAUGGCUUAUUAGCAUUGCGAUUGAUGAGUAACAUCAAGAAGAAAGCAAUGGUCAUUCAGAAAAGAAGAGCGCAUAUUCUUGUGGAGGAUGCUGAGCCUGUUGAUGUCGUUGGUGAUCAUUGCACAUUGAAAAUCACUGGUUAUAUACGCGGACCAUCGCUCAAUGUCAACCGCCUAGUGCAUAUACCGGAAUGGGGCGAUUUCCAAUUGAAGCAAGUCGAUGUUCUCAGUGAUCCGUAUCCUCUCCAUGCGAACAAAAAGCAGAAAGGUGUCAGCAGUGAUGGCAGUAUCGAAGAAGAAAUACCGAGAAGAUCGAUAAAACCAGAUCCAUCGAAACAGGCCUCAUUACAGUCUGAAAUCAUACCAGAUCCUAUGAAUGUCGAUGAACAAGCGUGGUCACACGAAUUCAAACUCCCGAAAGAUGUCUUUGAACCCAACAAAACAACGAAAAAAGUGCCUGCCGGAACAUCUGCUUAUCAAGCAGAAUGGAUUUUGGAUGAUGAUGAUGAAAUCAGUGAUAAUGAAAGUGGUGAGGGCGACUCGAAAUGUGAUGAUGCUCGAGAGUCCGAUUGUACCUCAGACGAAGAAGAGCAUGAGACUAUGAUUGAAGAUGCAAACGAUGAACAACUGUCAAGCAAUGAAAAUGACAUCGCUGAAACGGCGUCGAUAGCAGACGAAGUGGAUGCAAAUCUGAUGGAGACUGCGGAAGAUAAAGAGAUUGAUAUGGACGCGGUUGAAAAAUAUCGGAAAGAACGCGAGAAUGUCCAAUUUCCAGACGAAAUUGACACCCCUGUCGAUGCACCGGCCAGAAUUCGUUUUCAGAAAUAUCGCGGUCUCAAGAGCUUCAGAACGUCUCCUUGGGAUCCAGCCGAGAAUUUACCGUCGACGUAUGCAAGAAUAUUUAAGUUCGCUGACUAUCGUCAUUCAAAGAAAUUGGCAUUAUCAGAGAUUGAGGAUGAUAACUACUGUGUGCAGCAUGGUGCUUAUGCUCAGUUGUUCAUCAGUAACGUGCCUUUGCGGUUGAUCGAAGAACAAAAGAAGAAGAGCAGUGUAUUGAUAAUGUAUGCUUUGUUACCACACGAACAGCAGAUGUCCGUUAUGAAUGUGGUCUUAAAGAAGCAUCCCUCAUGCAAACAUCCUAUUCUGAAUAAACAAAAAUUGAUAUUCCAUAUUGGUUAUCGUCGAUUUGAAGUAAAACCGAUCUUUUCACAGCAUACAAAUGGCGAUAAAUUCAAGAUGGAACGUUUCAUGCCAUCACACGGUGCUUUUGUAGCAUCUUUCAUAGCACCGAUAAUGUAUCCACCCGCUCCAGUGCUUGUGUUCCGUGAAGACACAAAGCAAUUUGUUGCGUCGGGUGGUGUUUUGAAUAUCAAUCCGGAUAGAAUUAUUCUUAAGAGAGUCGUUCUGUCAGGACAUCCAUUCAAAAUAUUGAGACGUCAUGCUGUCGUUCGUUACAUGUUCUUCAACAGAGAAGAUAUUGAAUGGUUCAAACCGGUGGAAUUGUAUACACCGCGAGGCCGACGAGGACAUAUUCGUGAGGCUGUCGGGACUCAUGGCCAUAUGAAAUGCACAUUCGAUCAGCAGCUGAAUGCAAUGGAGACGGUGUUGAUGAAUCUGUAUAAGAGAGUUUUCCCCAAAUGGACCUAUAAUGCACUGAUAAAUUCUGAUAAAAGCGUUGUCAAUGAUGAACGAAUGGAACUGUAA